GUUUUAUCACCUAUUUUAAUCUGGCACAGGAAGAACAAUUUGUAGCUUGUUUCACAGUAAAAUAUAUAUUGAGUAUGCAGACAGAACGAUGCAUAAGGAUUUGUAAUGUGCUACUUUUGUUGAUUGUGCUGACUGAGUGUUCUGAAUGUCUUUGAGUCUGUAGUUGAGUGUAUUAUUGCUCAAAGGUGCACGUGCCUACAUGCCUUGUGUGAUGUGACCUUGGGAAGCUAGGUAAACGGGACUGGGAGAGAGAGAGAGAGAUGGAGAGAAUAAGAUGACCCAUUUCAGCAACAAAAAUCUAGUUGUUUUGAAGUGUUUUUGUGUAGGCAUGCCAAAUAAGGGAGUUACAUUUUCUGAGGCCUUCCUAUCACAAUUUGUAUAAUCCCUGUAUUAAUCUAGACAUAUGAGUUUUAAAUUGUGUGUCAAUAAUCAGUCGACAAUAAAAUUGAAUUAAUAGUCAUUUAAAGUAGUUCAUCUGCUUUUCAAGUCUUAGUACAAAUGAUUGUAAACAGGUUUGGUUUGUUAUCCCAUGCAGAAACUUGAUCCAGAGCUUCGGCUUGAGACUCUUAUCUACAAAAAUGGAUAAAAUGUGGAUAAGAUUAAAAUAAAUCAAAUUGAUUAAUUUACAUAAAAACAUUACAUAUUUUUUUGAUUAACUGUAAACCCAAACACCUACUGCCAGGUUGAGAUAGUUUAAGCUUUCAUAUUUCACAAUUUGACAACUCAAAUAUUUCAUAGCCAAAUGUAUGCCCGUGUUGGUACAUUAUGACUUGGACUAGCAUUAAAUGAUGGAAGAGAGUUACAUUUCAAAUUUCAAAGUAGCAUAAAUUCAUAAGUUGGUUAGAUGUUUGUUGCUCAAACAGGUUUCUGGAGCUUUUCUGUUAUGUAUACAUUUAUUUUUGUUCUGUAAAUACAUCUAGAUAUGACUGGUGUGACACCUCCCCAGGGUGUUCUUGGGUGUGUUCAAUGCUUGUUAAACUGCUGUUGUGUUGAAUGUAAUUGUGUUGGAAUAGCUGUGCGUAUGCGUCACUCGGUCACUCGUGCAUUUAAUUAUGCAUGUAGGACACAAACACAUCAACACUUCUUUCCGGCUAUAGCUUCACGGACACGGUAGUUUGUUCACAACGCCGUGUGUCACCUUGCUUUGUGCCACUCCCACAUCUGAAGGAUACUAGGUUUCUAAACAAAUUAAGGUCAGGGUUAUUUACUCCACUCAGGUGUAGCCCAAGGGUUUAGUUUAACAUGGUUCACAAUGAUGGCUUUUACUUACUUUAGCACGCUGGAAAAGUCAUUCUUACAAUUUAGACACAUUUUCUGUUUGACCAUGGAUCCAGUUGUGGUUAAGGUUUACAUUCAUGAGAUGGUUUUUGCAAUGCUGUCUGUUAGUAAAGGGUAGAAGAAACAUUUGCAUGUUUCAGUGGACUCAAUAAGGUGACAUGAGGUUAACAUUCAUGAUAUUAAGAGUUGAAAUGAUUAUAGAAUAGCAUGGCACUGGAGUAAGAGGGUUCAUGUGUGUUGAAAUAAGCUGAAUAAAGAGGAUUAGGGCAGACUGUUAUUCUCUCCAUCGGAGGCCCAAUUUAACCCUGAGCUCACAAGCCAGACUCAAUUCAUAAAUCUGAAACUUUAGGUCCGUUUUUUUAAAUGUGUUGUAUAUCGAUGAAUGAAAGAGAUUUAUUUUACAUGGUUGUUUGCCUACAUUUUUGAAAGUUAAUGUAGUAAUUUAUAAAUAAAACAAGAAGUAAUUUACACAAUGGGAUUAUCUAAUGAUGACCUAAUGAUGUGAUCAUAUGUUCCCCGGAAAUUGCUCAACUGUGGCUGUUUCGAAAAGAACACAUGCCAUAAUCAUUUAUCAUAAUCUAAAUAUGAACACACCAUGUUUUCAUUGUUUCGAGUCUGGAUCAAUACACUGACGUUGUAGAAUUGGAUUUGUGAUAGUGUCUGUUAUACCUGUAUGUCAAAUUGAUUUAGCGGAGUCCAGUGUAAUAGUGACAAUCAUUUUCUUCUACAGCCAACCCUGAACUGUGAGCCAGUCGAGGCCAGGCUGGACUAAUGCUCUGAGCCGUGUGCUGAACCAGAUUCGAGGGCCUCCCAUGAUGAAGAGAGGGACCAGUCUGCAAAGCCGGCGCAGCAAGGCAGGGGGGGUCGGGGAUCCCCCCCAGAAAGGCAGUCCCCAAAUCCACAGGCGCAGCACCCAGGAAACCUUGCUGCAGGCAGGACGUCCACGCUCCUCUUCUACCACAGAUACACCCAGCAGCCCAGCUUUGGCAGACAUGUUGUUGACCUCGGGGUAUCUCUCCACCGAGGAGUCUGAGCGGCAAGAGCGUAUGGACGGUUCUGGCCCAGCCGUAUCUCCUAACGCUCUGUCAGGCAGUUCGGAUGUUGGUCAGUAUGGCGUAGAUUCAGUGGACGGCACCCCAGACCCUCAGCGCACCAAGCAGGCCAUCGCUCAGCUCCAGCAGAAGAUCCUCAAACUCACGGAGCAGAUCAAAAUCGAACAAACGGCAAGAGACGACAAUGUAGCCGAGUACCUAAAGCUGGCAAACAACGCAGACAAACAGCAGAGCGCCCGCAUCAAGCAGGUGUUCGAGAAGAAAAACCAGAAGUCUGCCCAGACCAUCCAGCAACUACAGAGGAAGCUGGAACACUACCACCGCAAGCUCAGAGAGGUGGAGCACAAUGGAAUACCACGGCAGCCUAAAGAUGUCCUGCGAGAUAUGCAUCAGGGUCUGAAGGAUGUGGGGGCAAAGGUGACUGGUGGCCUCUCCAGUAUCUCCCAGGCCACUCACUCCGCCGCAGGAGCAGUUGUGUCCUCUCUUAUCCGCAACAAGUUUGGAAGUGCAGACAACAUCUCUGGCUUAAAGGACUCUCUAGAUGAACAACAAGGGGACGAGCCUUUGCCAAGUGCAGGGAUGGCUGUCACCAGGACUCCGGGAUCCGGGCAGCCACAAUCCAGCCCGAAAUACGGCAGCGAGGACGACUGCUCCAGUGCAACAUCAGGGUCGGCAGGGGCAAACAGCACCACCGGAGCUCCCGGGGGGCCUCCGAGUUCAAAGGGUAAUACACUGGAGCAUGGUCAGAGCUCUUGCUUUGAUACUCUGCUGCACGAGAUUCAGGAAUUGAAGGACAACCAGAAUCGACUAGAAGAAUCUUUUGAAAACCUGAAGACUCACUAUCAGAGGGACUACACAGAAAUCAUGCAGGCUCUGCAGGAGGAGAGAUUCAGGUGUGAACGCCUAGAGGAGCAGUUGAAUGAUCUAACAGAGUUGCAUCAAAAUGAAAUUCUCAACCUAAAGCAGGAACUGGCCAGCAUGGAGGAGAAAAUCGCUUACCAGUCUUAUGAACGAGCCAGAGACAUUCAAGAGGCAUUGGAGGCUUGUCAAACACGCAUCUCUAAGAUGGAGCUUCAACAGCAGCAGCAACAGGUGGUUCAGUUAGAGGGUUUGGAAAAUGCCACAGCACGCACUUUACUAGGCAAACUCAUCAAUGUGCUGCUGGCCGUCAUGGCUGUUCUUCUUGUGUUUGUCUCGACGGUUGCAAACUGUGUAGUUCCGCUGAUGAAAACACGUAGCCGUACGGUUUCUACGUUGCUCCUUGUUAUAAUCUUGGCUUUCCUGUGGCGGAAUUGGGAAGCCAUGUCCCAGUACCUGGACAGAUUCCUGCAGCACCCCAGAUGACCUGCAGGGGAGCUGUUGUUGAUUAAUGAAGGGACUGCUGGGCAAGAGCUUUUUUUGGAAAAUGAAGACUAACACUGCCUCAGUUGCACUUAGUACAGAGGGACCUGGCACAAGAGUGGUGGACAUGGAUGUAUCUUACAACCUCGUUUCUCUUUUCUUUCACCGAAGGAGUGAAUUUGUUUACAUUUUAAAGAUAUUUUUCCGUCAACAUAAAUGUUAUUGCUGAUUUUCCUUUUAUUUGUUGUUGGAAAUGAUGCAAGCCGUGUUGUUCAUCGUUAUUGUAAUUAUUGUUAGGAUUUACAUUUAUGCAAUUUACCGAGUGUUGCAUUGCAUUGACUUGAGGUUUUAACAUGCACUGGAUGGAGAUUCUUCUCCUCGUUUUUUACUAACGCAACUACUCUUACUCUUUUCAAUCUUUUUACUUUUCUCACUCUCUUCUACUGUCGUCUCUUCUCCUUUGGUGCAUCUUUAACUCUGUUCCAUUUCCUGUAUUCAUAACGUCACUUUUCUCACAACCGUUUUGCUGCUGUUUGGACUUCAGAAUGAAUUGGUGAAUGAAGGAAAAGAUGGAUUCUUUUGAAGAGGAGGCACAUGGAGUUUGAUUUGAAUCGACUUUUGUAGACUGGGCCGAGGAAUCGGAACACUCUUAACCCGAGCAGGCCGAAACUGCCCCAUGCCCCUACUGGCCUGCCCUCUUAGAGGCACAGUCCCCUAAUAUAUGAACUGAAUGAACAUACUUGAAGAGCUAGAAAUGCUCAAAGACACUCAGUGCUUCCGUACUGUUUCUUAUAGCGACGAUGAAAUAGUCCUUUUUAGUUUUAUUUUUUAUUUUUAAAAUGAAAGGAAUAAAUAUGCUGUUUUAAAAAUUUAA